AUGUCGGGUUCAGCAGAUAAAGAAGAAAUUCUUCGUCUUCAAUCAAUUGCCAAUUUUCUCGAUGGUUAUGCUAUACUCGGUCUCAUUAUCAUUGGAACAAUAGGAAACCUAAUGAACAUCAUUGUUUUUCUUCGACAUAAAAAACUCCGUCAAAUGUCAAAUUUCAUUUUCUUGAUUAUGUUUUUCUUCAGUAAUUUAAUAUCUUUAUGGUCAACUCGUUUUCCACGUAGUAUACUUGCAAUAACGAGCACGGAUCUAUUAAUUGGCAACAUACUUUGUUUAUCCUGUAUUGAUCGAUAUUUAAAUACUUCACGUCAUGAACGACUUCGACGAAUGAUGACAUUCAAACGAGCUGUUGUUAUUACAAUUGCAAUUAGUUUGAUUUAUUUUAUUAUCUUUAUUCCUGAUGGAAUUUAUUAUUCAGGAAGUCGGUGUACUGCGUCAAGUAGUGACCUUAUGUGUAGUAGUGUUCCAAUGGUUAUUUUAUAUACUUUUUCUCUAUUAACAUGGUAUAAUCUUUAUACAACACGAAAUAUUUCUCAUAGUAAACUUUAUCGACAAGUUAAUCUUAUGAUGAUAGUCGAAUUUACUGUUAUAUUUCUUGGUGCAACACCAAAUUUUGUAUUUAGUAUUUAUACAGAAAUUACUCAAUCAAUGAUUAAAUCUGGUUUAAGAGUAGCACAAGAAACAGUUGUGAGAUAUUUCAAUUUUGUGAAAAAAUACUUUUGCCCACAACUCGCUGGAAUUACCUAUGAGGAAUUGACAUUUGUUUAUGAUGAUAAAGUUGCUGCUCUGAGUACAUGUCGAAAAAUAGUCAAAACUGUUUCGUAA